CCAGCAGCGAUCCCUUGCCCAGUUAUCUCCCGUCCUGCGUGAAGGUAACCAUGAAGAAGUUCACCGUGCUAGCUGCCACCGCGCUGCUCCUGCUGCUGGGGCAGGUAUCCUCCACCCCGGUCGAUCCACGAUCGGUCGACUGGUCGGUGGUGCGUACGCUCCACCAAACCGAUGCCAUCCGUGCCAAGCAGGGCCUGGCGCCCCUAACGGACGACCAGGUACGAUCGUCGCGCAUCUCCGAGGGACAGAUCGCGACCGCCACCCAGUUCCCGUGGGCGGUCGGUGUGCUCAUCUCCGGCUCGUCCUCGCACAGCUUCUGCAGCGGUGUGCUGAUUUCGCCACGCUUCGUCCUAACCGCUGCCGUGUGCAUUUCCGGCUCCAACACGCUGACAAUCCUGCUCGGUGCUUCGGACAUGACCCGCGUCGAGGAGUUCAUCGGUGUGUCGAACAUCCUGUCCCAUCCGAACUACAGCUCGUUCUUCAACCGGGAUGACAUCGCGAUCCUGACGCUGUCGAGUCCGGCCCCGAUCCGCAACACGAUCCGGCCGAUAGAUCUGCCGCGCUGGAGCGAUGUGAGCAACAACUUCAACAACUGGGCGGCGACGACGGCCGGCUGGGGCAAUACGGGGCGUCGCGAGAACGAACCCAUCCCCAUCCCAAAUCUGCACUUUGUGGUCGAUUCCGUCAACUCGAACUUUGUCUGCGGACUGUCGCACACGUUCAUCCGCGAUACGCACAUCUGCACCUCGACCGACAAUGGCGGACCGUGCAAUGGCGAUGAAGGUGGUCCAGUGACCGUUACCGAGAGUGGCCGCACGUUCCUUGUGGGCAUUCACUCGUUCCACUUCUCCGGGCUGUUCGGAUGUGAUCGUGGCCGGUCGGCAGUGCACACGCGCAUCACGGAGUAUCUGGGUUGGAUCCAGGACAACACCGAUGUGACCAUUCAGUAAGGAAGCUGCUCGCCUCGAUUUUACUACCCCGCUUUUUGGCUGGACUCAAUCAAGGUCUGAGCGUAUCAAUGUACAAAAGUUAGUGUCACUGUAUAGAGAAAUAAAGGUUAGUGUACUCUCGUAACUCGAUAGGCUACAAGUACUAUUGAGCUCGAGCUGGGACAGGUA